GAGGAGGAGGAGGAGGAGGAGGAGGAGGCGGAACUUCCUGCGCGAGACUCCACACGGGUCACCACGGCCGUGAAGUCUCUCCAUGGUCGGUCGCGGGAGCCCCUCGCGGGUGCUCUGGGCAUCCCGUGGCGGAGCGCUGCCCGCGCGGAGCACCGGCGCCCGCGCGCGGCGCUCCGCGCCGCCGGCCCCACAAAUCAUCGGCAGCCCGUGGGCGCCAAAGGGAGGUCCGCCAGCGGCGUGGCGCGCCCUCGCGCCGAAUGCCCGGGCUGGGUGAAGGCGAACGCUUCGGCCGUGCGAAUUCGGCUGGGCGCGCGUGCCCCGGGAGUCAGCGGCAGAAGGCGGGCGCCAGCGCCGCGGCUUUCGGCCCUGGCCUCUCCCGCCUCUCCCUACGCAGCUGCUCCCGGCGGGCGGUGCCAACACAAAGAAAAGUGA